AUGAGCAACAAACCUGCCCCGAAGUCCGAGGACAAAGCCGAGGAGUGGUCCGGCCCAGCGGCCACCAGAUUCGACAACAAAGCAUACAGCGAGUACUUUGAUCCGUGUCAAGAAGCCGCGGACAAAAGCAUACGAUGCUUGAAGCGCAAUGGCGGCGAGCGCGCCAUGUGUACAGAUUUCUUCCAGUAA